GGCAUUUGUGAGUGGCACCACGACGGACGGGUUGUGGACGGGUAAUGUCGAAAGCAUUGUGCACAAAUUCAUUCAUCCAUUAUAAUUCCAAGCUCUAGGUACCAGAUUGAUUAAUUACUAGUGCAAUAUAAUGGAGAAGAAGUCGUCGUAUUUGCCCACGACCACACCCACACCUCCUCCGCCACGCAGUUCGGAACAAGAGCAGAGUCCGAGCAAAAGGAAGCGACGGCCGCAAGGAGAAGAAACGCUGUCACCAUUUUGGAAAGCGGUCCGAAAUGUCCUCCUCUUCCUUGCAGCAAUCGUCAACUUGGGAGUCAGCGUUUGGGUCGUCGUGGAGCAUGGGAAUUUGCCAGAACUUUUUCCAGGACAGCAUGACAAUUUGGAUGCUGGGAAGAAGACGUGUCACCUGCCCGACCUGAUGCCACUUUCUCCAGAGAUGCGGGCACUCAUGUCCGAACCAACUCGGAUAGAUUGCUUAUCCAUAGCAAACUCUGAUUUCCGUGGAAGGAUAUUUUUCAAGCUGGACGAGGAACAAAGGUUGAUCAAACGAGAAGGUGUGUCAAUCCCGUGUUGCUACCGACCAUUCUACAGAGUUAAUGACGUCGAAAAUUGGAUCGAGCCGACUAAAGAUCGACGAUACGUGUGUCACAAUAUAACAGAACAGGUAACGAUAAUUCCUAGUCGGAUAGAAUUUAUCGAGGUGAUUUGUGACGAUGGGAGGUCCAGUUACAAGGACGCGUUUGCAUUCUUGCGAAAGAAACCGGAAGUAGAAGAAAGGAUUGAAAAUCUCGCGAAGAAGGAGAAGGAAGCGGAUCCUUAUGGACCGGAAGUAGAGAAAUUAAACUUGUUGGUGAUUGGAUUGGACAGCACGUCGCAGCAGAAUUUUAUUCGACGAAUGCCAAAAUCUUUAGAAUACGUGACCACCACGCUUGACGCCGUGAGAUUGGACGGGUAUGUGAAAGUUGGGGAGAACACGCUCCCAAACCUAGUCCCACUGCUGACGGGGAUCGGUCUGGAGGAGUUCAGGGAGUUGUGCGUCAUGAAGAAUCCGCCGAUGGAGAGUGCCAUCCACCUCGACGACUGCCCCUUCAUUUGGAAGCAGUUUCAAGCGGCGGGCUACAGGACGGUCUAUGCAGAGGAUGAGGUUUCUACGGGUAUUUUUAACCUCGUCUUUUCCCAUGCGUUCCAACAACCCCCAACCGAUCACUACUUUCGCCCGUUUUCAGUCAGAAUGGUCACUUCCCAAAAUGUGUAUGAUGGAUUUUGCAUGGGACCCAGAAUGGGAAUCCAGGUUCUUUUCGACUACUUAGAAAAGGCUGCCAGGACGUACUCCAGCCCCACCGACCACCUCUUUCACUUUACUUGGGCGAGCAAACUAAUGCACGACGACUUUAAUAAGCUGGGCUGGGCAGACGGACAUUUACUGCGGACGCUGAAAACUUUAAACGAACUGGGAACGCUGAACCGCUCUGCCCUCGUCCUCGUGGGUGAUCACGGCUCUCGUAAGUCGGAGCUGCGGAAAUCUCGUCAGGGUCAACUGGAGGAUCGCUUACCCGUCGCCUAUGUUAUUCUGCCCCCUUGGUUCAAAAAACGGUAUCCCCAGGCGGACGAGAACUUGAGACGGAACGCCAAACUCAUCACCGGUGCAUACGACUUGCACGAAACCUUCAAAGACCUCAUGGACCUCGGCAAACUCAACAACCCGCACACGCACUACGUCAGAGAGAGAAAGUUGAAGGUUGCCGAGAAGAAGGGGUACCGUCGCGGAACCUCUCUUUUCACGGCCCUCCCACCCCAUCGGUCCUGCACCUCGGCUGGCAUUCCGCCCGCUUGGUGCAUUUGCUACAAAAAGAAAAAGAUUUCCAUUAAGUCGCUCGACGUCCAUGAUGCCCUGUCCUUCGUGCUGAGAAACCUCAACUCUGCCCUUCGACCUUACCAUGGAAUCUGUGCUACUUUGCGGCUGAGCAAGGUCAUUUCUGCGCUGAAAUGGCAUCCCGACGAGGCUAUUGAGGACACCUACUCUGGGAAUUCAGCGGAAGAGAGUUGGAAGAAGGCCAGUCUGCUCCAAAUCUCGUUUAGUGUCGAGCCAAAGCAGGCUGAGUUCGAGGUCACCGUCAUUUUCGACCCGGACCACGGUUGGAGGUUUACGGAGCAGGUGGUCAGACUGGACCGGUACGAGGAGGGCAGCAGGUGCAUGGAGAACAAGGAGUUGAAAAAGACAUGCAUUUGUGUGGGUGGAGAUAGAUUGGGUGGUGGUGAUGGGGAUGAUUAUAUGGGAGGAACGGGACAUGAUGCCAUUUUUUAAAUAGCAUAAUUCACACAAUUAAUUUAAUGUAUUUAUUAUUUAUUUUUGACAAAUACAACGCCACAAUCCGACACACGACAUUUACAAACGUCAAAUUCAUUCAUUCACAGAGCUUGCUGUGAUAUCAUAUCACAAAAUAUCAUUUAAAUCCUAAUAAUAGUGUAGUGUUGUACUAAAUAUACGAUUCUUCGUUUACCGGCACCGACCCAGUUACAACGUCCACAUGAAUAAGUAUUCCUUAUCAUUACAUAUGGAAAAGUUAAUUACUUGAGAAAUUAUUAAUAUCAAAU